UCAAAUGGAAGCUGGCACCAGCCGUCUCCAGUGCAGUCACUCCGCCCGGCCACCGCCACCCACGAGACGGCAGCAGAGACGUCCGACCUCUACCUCCUCACGGACCAGCCAUCUCUACAGUUAGACCCCCUGGUGGCUCCAAUCCGCAUGCGGUUCCGCACAGCUCCACUUGCCAUACGGUCAAAAAUUGAUGCGGAGCUGGACCACUUGAUAGCGCAAGGGGUCUUGGAGCCCGUCCCACUUGCCAUAUGGGAAACGCCCAUUGUGACCCCCCUGAAGCCCAACGGUGAGGUCCGCAUCUGCGCGGACUACAAGUGGAUCCCUGGAGUGAUGCCGUUUUCCGACGGCGUCUUGAUUGCCACAGCGUCCCCCGACGACUUCGCCUCCCGCCUCUGCGCCGUCCUGCGACGCUUCGACUCAGCUGGCCUCAAGGUGAAACGGGAGAAGUGCCUCCUCGGGGUUCUGGAGGUGGAUUUCCUGGGGUUCCGGGUAGAUGUUACCGGCCUUCAUCCAACGAAGGACAAAGUGAAGGCCAUCGUGGAGGCUCCCGCCUCCACUUGCAAAGCUGAACUACAGGCGUUCUUGGGACUAAUAAACUUUUACCCCGCCUUUUUGCCUCACAAGGCUGCAGUAGUGGAACCCCUACACCGGCUCCUGGAUAGGUCGGCCCCAUGGACCUGGGGCCCGAGGGAGGUGGCGGCAUUCAGGGGGGUGAAAGCGCUCUUAAUUUCGAAUGACGUGCUCGCCCACUUUGACGAAUCCCUCCCAAUUGUCCUUGCGUGCAACGCCUCUCCCUAUGGCGUCGGCGUGGUUCUGGGCCACAUCCUCCCCGAUGGCCAUGAGGUCCCCGUGGCCUAUUACUCACGGACAUUGACGGCCGCGGAGCGCAACUAUGCGCAAAUCGACAGGAAGGGCAGCGAGGAGGCGGGCGCCGAGCUCACGCCCAGCCCGGAUUUCCAGCUGCCUCGCAGCAUCGCCGACAAGGAUCUCAGCUUGCCCAACGGUACUCCUGUAGACACUUCUAGCCCAGCUUCCUCCUCCUCCCUUCUUAACAGAUUGCAGCUGGAUGAUGACUUGGACGGCGAAAUGAGAGACCUCUUCGUCACUGUUGAUGAUCCAAAGAAACAUGUCUGUACAAUGGAGACUUACAUCACAUACAGGGUCACAACCAAGACCACACGAGCAGAAUUUGAUUUGCCAGAGUAUUCCAUGCGCAGAAGAUAUCAGGAUUUUGAUUGGCUGAGGAAUAAACUCGAGGAAUCUCAGCCAACUCAUCUCAUUCCCCCUCUUCCAGAGAAGUUUGUGGUUAAAGGAGUUGUUGACCGCUUUUCAGAAGAAUUUGUUGAAACGAGGAGGAAGGCCUUAGAUAAAUUUUUGAAAAGGAUUGCUGAUCAUCCGGUGCUUUCGUUCAAUGAACACUUCCAUGUGUUCCUGACUGCCAAAGAUCUUAAUGCUUACAAAAAGCAGGGGAUGGCUUUGCUUUCCAAGAUGGGAGAGUCAGUCAAAUACGUCACAGGAAGCUAUAAACUAAGAAGUCGACCGUUGGAGUUUGCAGCCAUUGGAGACUAUUUAGAUACGUUUUCUAUGAAGCUUGGAACCAUUGAUAGAAUAGCACAGCGGAUCAUCAAGGAAGAAGUGGAAUAUCUGGUGGAACUUCGAGAAUAUGGGCCAGUUUACUCAACCUGGAGUGGGUUAGAAAGAGAAUUGUCUGAACCUCUGGAGGGGGUGUCUGCCUGCAUUGGGAACUGCUGUACAGCUCUCGAGGAACUGAGUGAAGAUAUGACUGAGGAUUUCCUACCCGUUCUCAGAGAGUACAUUCUAUAUGCUGAGUCCAUGAAGAAUGUCCUGAAGAAAAGAGAUCAGGUUCAAGCAGAAUAUGAAGCCAAACUGGAAGCAGUGGUCCUAAAAAGGGAAGACCGGCCCAAGGUGCCGACAGAUGUUGAAAAGUGCCAGGACCGAGUGGAGUGCUUCAAUGCAGACUUGAAGGCUGAUAUGGAAAGAUGGCAAAACAACAAGCGUCAAGACUUCAGGCAGCUGCUGAUGGGAAUGGCAGAUAAAAACAUCCAAUAUUAUGAGAAGUGCCUUACGGCGUGGGAAUCUAUAAUACCACUGUUGCAAGAGAAGCCUGAGACCAAAUAAGAAGCAACUGU